UGGAAAAUCGUUGGAGAAUACCGUCGCGGUGAAAUCACUCCUCUCGAACGCUCGCGAGACGAUCAGACCGCGAAGCAUCCCCCGCCGAGCUCAUCCUGCUCCCUUGCCUGCCUUUCGCCCCUUCGUUUCUCUCGAGCCGGUGGGGUGGAAGUGGAGGAAGUGGCUGUCUGAUCUCGGACGGAAUGACAAUAAGACUCCCCUUUGAUUAAUCGACGGAACAGAGAGAAGAAAGAGAGAGGAUGAGUAAGUGAGAGAAAGAGGGAAUUAGUCCUCUCGAGACGGCGGAUUGUUUUGCAAGUGCUAAGAAGUUCCGACUGUUAAUAGAACUGACUAAAUAUAACUCUAACCGAGUAACUUAGACAUAAAUCUACCGACUCGAACUUAAGCGAUGCCUCGAAUAGCGCAUUCAGAUGUCACGCCUCUUCAUUAAAGUCGACAAGAUUGUUCAAACGAAUUAAUACGUAAUGCUUUCUUGUUAAAAUGUAUUAAUACGAAAUAUCUCCCUGAUAAUAAGAAAAUAUAUCCGGUGUCGACCUGUGGCUCGUCUGGAACGUUUCAACGCUAUAAGAACGUAUCGAAGUGUAACGAGUGCAACGAUUAAUCAAGUGAUUAACGAUUGUCCCCCAACUGAAAGUUGCUCGACUAAUCCUUUUCGUUGCAUCCGAUCGUCGAAGAACUUUGCAGACACAGGGUUGUGCGGGGGGCAAGGUGCGCGACAAUAACGCGAAUGAAUUCGGGAGGAGACGGGAUAAGUAGAGUGGAUCGAAAUUAGAAUCGUGUGCAGCCAGUGGAAGAGGGUUGGCGCUUGAUCAGGCGAACCGGCCAACUUGAGCUCAAACUGCACUACUGAAAAGAACUCUCAUUUGUUUAAAGAGAUCUUUCGCAUUGCAGCGCAUCUCUGUAAAAUUGUGUGUUACACGAUUGGAAAAUAUUCGACGAAGUGCGAAACUCUCUACUUCUGAAACGACAAUAAUAAAACGCGCGCGAUGCAUUAACAGUAUCGAAAAUAAUUCAUAAUAAUCGAUCAUAAAACGUCGACGAGAAAUAUCGACGGGAAUUCCGAUGCCAGCCGGAUGUUUUCGAAUGUCCAUCUUUAUUUGAGCCAGCGACAGGCGUCAAUUUGAACGGUGAGUAAUCUGGACCUCCAUGCAUCUUCCUGGACGAGUGACGAAUGCCGGGAUGUAAUCGACAACGAUAACCGAACGUUAACAAAUCACAGUGACGACAACGGGAAAAUUUGUGCGGCCAGGAAAAGGCGAUAAAGUAAGAAGGACUGAGUGACAAAACUGCUACCAUUGAGAACUUGGAGUUUAACAAGAGUUUGAUGGGCACAUGAGAAAAAUAAUGGUAAUGUAGCAGCUACAAUGAGAACAAUUGAACACCUUUAGGUCCGAGGACAAUAAAGUUAAACGAGGGUAAUCGAAAGCAACCACGUGAAACAACCGAGUAGUCACUGUUGAACUCGAUAUCGCAGAGUAAUAAAAAAAUCGACGAUAUAUUUUAGCAAUCGGAUCGAUCAGGAAAUAAAAAUAGUGACAGUAAUAGGUGCGAGAACGUUUUGCUGAAACAUUAAGUUGAUACAAAAGCAGUGACACGAGUGCAACGAGACGCGGAGUAAAAGACGCAGUGAAGAAAGCGCAGUUUUGUCAUCCAGGCACUUCGAUGCGCCUCGACGGUAGGCGUUCGGGCUUGAAGGAUCCACGCUCGAGUCGGUGAGUGUCUGCGUGUUCGUCGUCCUGCACACGCGGCCGGGACAAGGAGCCGGAGCAAGGAUAGGUCCUUCCCGGUGUGGAAUGACAAUAAGGCGCCGCCGUACCCGCGGGGUGGUAUUAUGCUGGAGACGACGGAUUUGAGCUUGCGGCCCAAGUGCCCGGCGAAGGUGUCGCAGCCCCUUCGUGGGAUGGCACUCGGGACGUUGGCCGAGAUAGCGGUGCGACUCGUGAUUAGCGGCUACAUAUUCGCCGUGGUCGUCUACGUGAACGCCAGCGGCAACUGGGAUAAGGACGAUGACCUAGUGUCCACAUCUAAGGUCAGCGCCGUACUUGGGCGUACCGCCACUUUGCCUUGCGACAUUGAGCCGUCCACGCGAGAGGAUCGCGUCUACAUGGUCCUUUGGUUCCGCGAUUAUGCGGUGAAACCCAUUUACAGUUUCGAUGUGCGAGGACGGGCUUUUAACAAGGCCCUGAACUGGUCGGACAGCACCGCCGUAGGGCCCAGGGCCUACUUCAUCACCGUGACGAAGCCGGCCGCGCUCUCCUUAGAGGCGGUCCAGCUGGAUGACGAGGGGAUCUAUAGAUGCCGGGUAGACUUCAAGAACUCGCCGACCAAGAACUUCCAAGUGAAUCUCACAGUGAUCGUGCCACCUCACCAGCUACUCAUUUACGACAGCUCCGGGGUGCAGGUGGAGAACGUCGCCGGACCGUUUCAGGUUGGCGUGGAGUUCGGUCUGUCCUGCGAAGUGAGAGGAGGGAAACCCACGCCGGUGGUGAGCUGGCUGGUGAACGGUAAGGAGGUGGACGGCAGACUCGAGGAGUUCGGCCAGAACAUCGUUGUCAGCAAAUUGACGGUGCCGCAGCUGCGGCGAGAACACCGCAACACCACGUACAAAUGCCAGGCGGCCAACACGCAUCUCAUACCGCCGCUGGAGAAGACGGUGAUCCUCGACGUUUAUCUAAAACCCCUUACCGUGAAGAUACUGUCGAAGCUAACGAUCAUGGAGACGGAGAAGGACUACUCCAUCACCUGCGAGACGACAGGCUCGCAUCCCCGCGCUCGCAUCACCUGGAUCGAAGGAAACGAGACGUUCCGGAACAGCAAGGUAAAGGAAAGUGGUAACGCGUCGGUGGUGCUGAGCACCCUGAUGUUCUCACCCAUCCCCGACGAUCACGGCAAGAUCCUCAAGUGCCGCGGCGAGAACCCAGCCCUGGCGGACGCGUACUUGGAGGACUUCUUCAAGUUGAAUGUCGUCUUCCCGCCUAAAGUUCAGCUGCAUCUGGGCAGCACUCUGAACGCGGAGAACAUAAAAGAAGGCGACGAUGUGUACUUCGAAUGCAAAGUCCGCGCCAAUCCGGAGCACCACAAAAUUACCUGGCGCCACAAUGGCGGCGUGCUGACACAAAACUAUUCGGCCGGUAUCAUCAUGAGCACCCAAAGCUUGGUGCUGCAGGGCAUAGGACGCGACAACGCGGGAAAUUACACGUGUCUCGCCAGCAACGACCGUGGGGAGACGACGAGUCCAAUUGUGAACCUGAGAGUGCAGUUCGCGCCAGUUUGCAAGAUGAAGGAGGUGACGAUAAUCGGGGCUUCCCUGGAGGAGUCCGUGAAGGUGCGCUGCGAGGUCGACGCCGACCCGAACGAGGUGGACUUUGUCUGGGAGUUCAACAAUAGUGGCGAGAACUUCGAAGUCGCGCCGGCCAAGUUUGACGGCAACAACGGCACCAUGAGCGAGCUCGUCUACACCCCCGAAUCCGAGAGGGAUUACGGUGCUCUGACCUGUUGGGGUAGGAACGCGAUAGGGAAGCAGGAGGCGCCCUGCAUCUAUCAAGUCAUUCCGGCAGUGAAACCGAAUCCCCUGAACAAUUGCACCAUCAAAGCAUCACUCAAUCAAAGUUCGGAGAUCUUGGAGGUCGAAUGCGUGCCUGGGUAUGAUGGCGGACUCCACCAGGAAUUCCGACUAGAAGCUUAUGAGGUGCUGACCGGUAAUCUUCGGGUGAACGCGUCCAGCGUGUCGGCCGAUCUGCCAAUCUUCCGAAUCGCCGUGGCUGAUCUUCUACCAGCCACUCACUUCUAUCUGGUGACCUACGCCGUGAAUGCCAAAGGCCGCAGCGAAGUGUCGCUGUUGGAGGAUAUAAUGCUGCGCGACUCGGAGAAGCACACAGAUACCGGAGUCAGCAUGCUGCCGUUGAUCUUGCUGCUGGUCGGCUGCCUGCUGGCCUUCGGUGCGACCGUGAUCUCCGUGAUGCUGAUGAUGUAUCGACGGCGUGGCACCACGUCACCCGUACAUAUCGAGCCCUAUAUGAAGCAGCCGAUAAUCACACCGCCGGACUCGAGGAACAAUUCGAUGCUAGACGUGACCCACGGCGACCACACGUACUUCGUCGAGUACACGUUGAAGCAGGUCACCGAUUAUGCGCUCAAUAAUCAACCGGACAUCAUACAGUCGCCGCAAGACCAAGAGAAGAUCAAACGCGAGCCGCAGCUGUUUUUGCCAGUGAGACCAGACACGUUGUUCGCGCCCUAUGACAUUCACAAGCAGGGACUGCAGACGAACAGAUGCAGCCUGAACCCAUUCUCCGCAAAGUCCUGGGAGCCCAUCAGCUUCAAAGCCGAUCGCAACCUGAUGAAGGAGAUCAUCAUCGCCAAUUCUAUACCGGGCCCGGAGAGCUGCGUGUAAACUUGAUCGAGGAAGUGAAUUGGGAGACAUAAACAUAUACGCACACAUACUUAUAUUCUACGCGAUACAACAUGCGCACACAGACACAACAUAUAUAUACACACACACACACACACACACACACACACACAGCAAAUCACACAUAAGGGCGAUCGAUUUCGUAAGCCCUGAAAACUGUAUCGCGUACCGUCGCUCGAUGCCAUGACGGAUAUACGCGCGGAUACAUCAAAGACAAAGUCAACGAAUCUCGUGUCUCGCUUGUAACACGCGCCAGUGUGACAUAUCACGAUGACGAUAUCGUAGCAGACAUAUCAGCAUAUCGUAGCAUAUCGUGGCGCGCCACGAUCUCUCCUGAGAUCAUCGAGAGUCUUUAGGAUCAUCCCCCCGCCGAUCCAGUACGAGACCGGGGCGAGGAAUCGCGAAGUCGUCGCGAGACGAUUUAGUCGCAUAAUUUAACCAAACGCUACACGUGGUGUACUAUUCCAAGUUUAAUAUAUUUUGU